CUCCUAGCAACGUUCCUUCUGUUGUUUUAGAACUCCAAGUUUUAUUUUACGUAUGUAAGACCCCCAAACAUGACUGCCUGGGUAGUUGAAACAAUCGGAAUAGACUAUGUCAGAGGCCGGAGUUGCCAAAAUUGUCAAGCGAUGAAUCCUUGAAGUUUCAGGCGACACCGUAUCCAUUGAAGAAAAAAGUAUUCAAACCCAACCACGAAGGGAGCCCGCUCUCAACAAACCAAGCUUGUGAUUACCAAGUGAAAAGUUUUCCACGUUUAUCGAUUUGCGCAUACCUUCAAUCCGGCCACGAUGACUUCAAAUUCCUCUUUUUUUUCUUCUCCGAUUAAUCUACCGAGGAAGCUGACCAAAGAUCUUGUACUAACAUACGUCUAGAAUGCCACCAAAGGUUCAACAAACCAAAGCUGCUAAGGCCGCCGCCGCCAUGGCCGGUGGUAAGAAGUCCAAGAAGAAGUGGUCCAAGGGUAAGGUGAAGGAUAAGGCUCAGCACCUUGUCAUCCUUGACCAGGAAAAGUACGACAGAAUCAUGAAGGAAGUCCCAACUUACAAGUACGUUUCCGUCUCUGUUCUUGUCGACAGACUUAAGAUCGGUGGUUCCGUCGCCAGAGUUGCUUUGCAGCAGUUGGAAAGAGAUGGGAUUAUCAAGCCAGUCUUGAAGCACUCCAAGCAGGCUAUCUACACCCGCGCUAUCGCCGAAUAAAUUAUUUAACUCUCAAGACC